CCGGGCCGGGCCGGGAUGGUCCCGGUCGGGAGGCCGCCGCCGUCGCCGCCGCCGCCGCAGGGAGCCGGGCGCCCCGCGCCGCGCUGAGCCGCCCCCGCGCCCGCCGCGCUCCGGGCCCGGCCCGGGGGGAUGGAGCCGGCGUCCCGCAGGUAGAUGGCCCCCCCAGGGCAGGCCCUGCGGACACCCCUCCCUCCGGCUGGCGGAUGCAGUGCCUAGCGGCUGCUCUUAAGGACGAGACCAACAUGAGUGGGGGAGGGGAGCAGGCCGACAUUCUGCCGGCCAACUACGUGGUCAAGGACCGCUGGAAGGUGCUGAAAAAGAUCGGGGGCGGGGGCUUUGGUGAGAUCUACGAGGCCAUGGACCUGCUGACCAGGGAGAACGUGGCCCUGAAAGUGGAGUCUGCCCAGCAGCCCAAGCAGGUCCUCAAGAUGGAGGUGGCCGUGCUCAAAAAGCUUCAAGGGAAGGACCACGUGUGCAGGUUCAUCGGCUGUGGCAGGAAUGAGAAGUUCAACUACGUGGUGAUGCAGCUGCAGGGCCGGAAUCUGGCCGACCUGCGCCGCAGCCAGCCUCGGGGCACCUUCACGCUGAGCACCACCUUGCGGCUGGGCAAGCAGAUCCUGGAGUCCAUCGAGGCCAUCCACUCGGUGGGCUUCCUGCACCGGGACAUCAAGCCGUCGAACUUCGCCAUGGGCAGGCUGCCCUCCACCUACAGGAAGUGCUACAUGCUGGACUUCGGGCUGGCCCGGCAGUACACCAACACCACGGGGGACGUCCGGCCACCUCGGAACGUGGCAGGGUUUCGGGGGACCGUGCGCUACGCCUCCGUCAAUGCCCACAAGAACCGGGAAAUGGGGCGCCACGAUGAUCUGUGGUCCCUCUUCUACAUGCUGGUGGAGUUCGCAGUGGGUCAGCUGCCCUGGAGGAAGAUCAAGGACAAGGAGCAGGUGGGGAUGAUCAAGGAGAAAUACGAGCACCGGAUGCUGCUGAAGCACAUGCCCUCAGAGUUCCACCUCUUCCUGGACCACAUCGCCAGCCUCGACUACUUCACCAAGCCCGACUACCAGUUGAUCAUGUCGGUGUUUGAGAACAGCAUGAAGGAGCGGGGCAUUGCUGAGAAUGAGGCCUUCGACUGGGAGAAGGCGGGCACUGACACCCUCCUGUCCACCAGCACCUCCACCCCGCCGCAGCAGAACACCCGGCAGACGGCGGCCAUGUUUGGAGUGGUCAACGUGACGCCCGUGCCUGGGGACCUGCUGCGGGAGAACACAGAGGACGUGCUCCAAGGAGAGCACCUGAGUGACCAGGAGAACGCACCCCCCAUCCUGCCUGGGAGGCCCCCUGAGGGUCUGGGCCCUGGCCCCCACCUCGUCCCCCACCCUGGGGGCCCUGAGGCUGAAGUCUGGGAGGAAACCGAUGUCAACCGCAACAAACUCCGGAUCAACAUUGGCAAAACCCCCUGUGUGGAGGAAGAUCAGAGCCGAGGUGUGGGGGUCCCCAGCUCCCCUGUGCGUGCACCCCCAGACUCCCCAACGACCCCAGUGCGUUCUCUGCGAUACCGGAGGGUCAACAGUCCCGAGUCGGAGAGGCUGUCCACGGCCGAUGGGCGAGUGGAACUGCACGAGAGGAGGUCCAGGAUGGAUCUGCCUGGCUCACCCUCGCGCCAGGCCUGCUCCUCACAGCCAGCUCAGAUGCUGUCAGUGGACACGGGCCACGCUGACCGGCAGGCCAGCGGCCGCAUGGACGUGUCUGCCUCGGUGGAGCAGGAGGCCCUGAGCAACGCUUUCCGCUCGGUGCCGCUGGCUGAGGAGGAGGACUUUGACAGCAAGGAGUGGGUCAUCAUCGACAAGGAGACAGAGCUCAAGGACUUCCCCCCAGGGGCCGAGCCCAGCACGUCAGGGACCACAGACGAGGAGCCUGAGGAGCUACGGCCGCUGCCCGAGGAGGGCGAGGAGCGGCGACGACCAGGGACAGAGCCUGCCGUCCGCCCCCGGGGACGGGGCAUGCAGACACUGGCUGAGGAGGACCUACGGCAGAUGCUGCCCCAGCCCCUACCACCUCAGCUGAGCCAGGCUGAUGGCCGGUCAGAGAUGUCACAGCCCCCAACGCCCGGCAGCCCUUCCCACUCGCCUCUGCACUCGGGACCGCGCCCUCGGCGGAGAGAGUCAGACCCCACAGGCCCACAGAGACAGUUGGAGGAGGAUAGACUCUCGGGGCACUCCCUCCCGCGGUACAGCCCCCUGCGACGACUGGCGUCCUCCGUGUUCUCCUCCUCCACGCUGGAGACCGAGCAUUACCCUCACCCCGGCGGCGGCGGCGGCUCGGCGGGCUCCUCCGGUUCCCUCAUUCAGCGCAGCCGCUCGGCCGAGAGCAGCCCCGUGCGGGCGCCGCACCGGCGCCACGCGCCCCUGGCCGCCAGCAACCACAGACUCGUGCCCUCGGUGCUCCGCAUCUCGCGGUCGCAGCUGCAGCAGGUGUUCUCCAUGGCGCCCCCAUUCGAGGUGAAUGGCCUCUCUCGAGCUGUGCCUCUGAGCCUGCCCUACCAGGACUUCAAGAGAGAUCUCUCUGAUUACCGGGAGCGCGCGCGGCUGCUGCACAGGGUCCGGAGGGUGGGCUUCUCCCACACGCUGCUCGCUGCCCCCCAGGGCCCACCGGCACCUGUCCAGCCUCAAGCUAAUGGGAAGGAGGAGGAAGAGGAGGAGGAAGAAGAACGGGAGGAGGAGGAAGAAGAGGAGGAAGAGGAAGAGGAGGAAGAGGAGGAAGAUGAGGAAGAGGAGGAGGAGGAAGACGAGGAAGACGAGGAGGAAGAAGCAGCAGUGGCCUUGGGGGAGGUGCUGGGGCCACACAGUGGCUCCAGCAGCGAAGGCAGUGACAGGAGCACCGACCAGAGCCAGGAGGGUGCCCCAUCCACGCUGCUGGCUGAUGAUCAGAAGGAGUCCAGGGGCCGAGCUUCCGUGGCUGACGGCGACCUGGAGCCGGAAGAGGGCUCGAAGACGCUGGUGCUGGUCUCCCCUGGCGACAUGAAGAAGUCACCCGUCACUGCCGAAUUGGCACCUGACCCCGACCUGGGCACCCUGGCUGCCCUCACGCCUCAGCACGAGAGGCCUCAGCCCACAGGCAGCCAGCUGGACGUGUCGGAGCCAGGCACACUGUCUUCUGUCCUCAAGUCUGAGGCCAAGCCCACCGGGCCUGGGGCAGGGCCGGGGGCUGGAGCAGUGACCACAGGGGCAGCGGGUGUGGCAGUCACCUCCUCACCCUUCACCAAAGUGGAGAGGACCUUUGUGCACAUUGCUGAGAAGUCUCACCUCAACAUCAUGUCUUCCGGAGGACAAUCCUCGAGGCCCGAGGAGCUGAGUCUGGAGGUGCCCUCAGACGGUGGCACCACUGAGGAGGGGGUUCGGGUGCCCUUGGAGAAUGGUGCAGCCCUGUUGGGGCUGCAUGGGGCCAGGGCGGAGAUCUGUGCCCUGGCCAGGCCCCCCGGGGACACUCCUUUGGAGGUGGCCACAGACUCACUGCCCAAUGGCCCGCUUGCUGAUGGGCCAGCCCCAGAGUCCCUGGCGCCAGGCCCUGAGAAAGCAGUCUCUGUCUCCCCUAGCCGACACCCCAGGCCAGGGCCUCGGCCCCGGAGCCGCAUCCCUGUGCUGUUGUCAGAGGAGGACACAGGCUCAGAGCCCUCGGGCUCGCUGUCAGCCAAAGAGCGCUGGAGUAAGAGGGCCCGGCCGCAGCAGGACCUGGCUCGGCUGGUGAUGGAGAAGAGGCAGAGUCGCCUGCUUCUGCGGCUGGCCUCGGGGGCCUCGUCUUCCUCCAGUGAGGAGCAGCGCCGGGCCUCCGAGACCCUCUCGGGGACAGGCUCGGAGGAAGACACGCCAGCCUCUGAGCCUGCCGAGGCUACCUUGCCAAGGAAGGCUGGGCAGGCAGCUGUCCCCCGCAGCCGGAUUCCCCGCCCCAUCAGCACCCUUGUACCCACGCCCGCCACCACCCAGCAGCUUCCAGGCAGACCCCUCGGCGCGGCCCCAGCACCUGACACCACUGUCACCAGCAGCAGGCUCCAGCUGCAGAAGCCCCCCGGAUCGGCCGCUGUUGCUGACCCCCACCCCAGGCAGCCACCCAGCCGCAGUGCUGGCCCAGGGAGAACCCCGACCACCAGGCCCCCUGUACCCCGCAGCCCUGGCCUUCCUGCCUCCACCACUCGCCACCCCAGCGUGUCCCCCCGGAGCCAGUCCCUGUCCCGCAAAGAAAGCUUGUCCCCCUCACACCAAGCCCGGCCCGGGGUGCCCCCAACUCGGGGUGUACUUCAGGCCCGAGCACAGCCUGAUAGUGGCACCCCCUCCCUGGGAGGCCCCAAGAAAGGACCCAGAGGGAAACUCCAGACUCAGCGUGCAGCAACCAAAGGCCGGGCGGGGGGUUCAGAGGGCCAGGCAGGGACCAGAUAAUGAUGCUCACUCGUGGCUCUCUGCAGACCCCACCCUCGCCUGGCCCCCUAUCUGCAACCUGGAACGCGCCCAGCACAGCCUUAUGCGCCCCAAGCGCACCCGCCUGCAUCCACCAGGACCGUGCAGGAGGGGGUCGGUGGCCCUUACUCUCUCCGCACCUCCCUGACCUGGCUCCUCUGCCCCCCCAAAGACUCAGCCAGUUUUCUCCAGAACUUCACUUUUGGGGAUACCCCACACCCUUCAGAUCUUGGCAGCUCUCUGCCCCCAGGGCCCUCUGCUUACAUCUCCUGCGACGCUUUGUCCUCCCCGCUCCCUUCUCGACACCUCUACCCCCUUUCCGGAGAAACAGCUUCAAAUUCAGCCUCGCCAUGGUCUCCUGGGAGCCUUGGUACCCAGGACGAUCACUCAGCUGCACGCAGGGGUUGAGGAGGUGGAACCAAGGGGCCACCAGGCUACUCAGGUGUGAAGGGACAGCUUCCACCGCCCUGAGUGAGCUCCAUACUGGUAACGCUGGGGAAAGAUAGGAGGCCCGUGAUUUGGUGGAGGGACCCUUCCACGUCCUAGUGACUGUGGCGUCCCCACAGUCACUGUGGGAGGAGUGUGGACUGUCUUCCUGGGCAAGAGAUUCCCCACGGGAGGGUCUUUCAAAAGGUUUCACUCCCCCCUGGCCCCUGAUCCAGUGUUCAGGACCUCUAUGACCAGGGAUUGCCUCCUGCUGUCUAACUUCAGUCCUAUCUGCAGGGCUUUGGCCAGCUCCCCUCUCCCUGGGGUUCUGCACAGGUGGAGAGAGGCUGACUAUUGUCAACACAGUUCUAACCAGGUCAGCCCAAGUUGUGGGAGCAGAAGGAUGGGAACAGCAGCCCAUUGGCCCCUGGAGACAGAGAGGCCCUUCCAAAUUCCAGACUGUAUUUGUGUGAUGGGUCUCCAGCUUAUGCCACCCCUCCCCCAGCUCCCCUAAAGCCUGGCCCCCAUUUCCCUGGGGGACCCGGGACCUCCUCGUGGGUCCUGGCUGCUGCAGAGCUCACCCCACCUCAUCCUGAGCCUCGACUGCCAACAUCUGGGACAUGCAACAUGCUGGCUAACAAAGGGACCGCCACCCAGCCUGACCCCUAUGUCCUACCUGAAGCCACAGAGAGCAGGCCAAGACUUCCAGGGGAAGAGGAAGAGAGGCCUCCAUGUGCCCCAGCCAUCUGGCCACAUCCAUCACCAACACCCAGAAGGAUGCCCUCGAGGAAGCUGGUCCAGUAGCAGCCUGGUGGUGAUCACCCAAUGCGCUCAAGGGCUCAGCAGACCUGGGCAGCUGCUUCUAUGCCAAGGGGCAGCUUCUGUGCAGAACAGCCCACAGGAGGGCAGCAGGGUGGAUAGCCUUCGAGGUCCACCCCAUGUGUACGCAGGAGCUCCCAGAACACUCAGGAAACCUCUUCAGACCCAGCCCUCCUGUCCACCGAGGCCCCCAGGCCCUGCAUUGCCUUCUGGGCCCAGCAGAAGGGGAGCAGGGGCCUCACCCUCCCACCCAGAGCUUCUCUGACUGACAAUCAGCUCGCUUGGUCCCUUGAGCUGGGACCAGGACCUAACCCCUGGUGCCCAGCCCUGGGCCUGCUCCUUGCCACCAACCGAACCAUGAAUGUAGGGCUCCAGCCUCGCUUCUGCCCGAGGACCAGCAACACCCUGCACUGGACUUGGGAAGAAGGGCUUCCCCCUCUGUGAGGCUGCGCAGUUGCAAACCCCAGUCUGCCCUGGGGACUCCAGACCUCUGGGGCUCCCAGUUGAUCUCAGGCUUCUGAGUGUCAAAUGUCACCAGGUAAGGAGGACAGGGAAGAGGGCCCGUGGAGGGGCAGCAGGCCCUGGCUCUGCUCCUCUCCCAGGAGGGGCCCAGGGCAGAGGAAGCCACAUUUCUCAGCCUGGCCAGCUGCAGCCUUCCGCCUCACCAGGUCCUGAGUGCUCCUCUGGGCGUCUCCAGCCUCUGUCCCCCACCUCCCCCAGCACUUGCCCACCGUGACUGCCCAUGUCACUGGCUCAGAUGCAGGGUGUGCUCACCCCAGAACGCACCUCCCUUCCCCAGCUGCAUCACAUGCAAAGGGGGCUCCAGGAGCAGGGCUCCCCCUCCCCAGUCCUUGCAGGGGCCUGGCUUGCUCAGUCUUCUCAGCUCUGGGGACCAGCCCCCUGGGCAUGGGGUGGGGGGUGGGAAUCUCCCUUCCCCUCCCCCGGGAAGCCACUGAAGAAUGUUUACACGCCAACUAGAAUGUAACCCCCAGCUCUCCAGUCACUGCAUGGCCUCUGCCCACCCUGCGCCUGCCCCCGCCCCAGCACCCUGGAAGCCGCUGUCAUGAUUAGAUCGAUCUUGGAAGGGAAGUAGCCAUCACACCAUUAAAAAGCCUGUGGACCUUU